AUGUUACAGAAGAGACACUCUGGAGUUGGUGCAGCCGUCGAAUACGCAGUUGUACAUCUCAAGGUGGAGAACAUUCUGGUGAUAGGCCAUAGCUGUUGUGGUGGGAUUAAGGGACUCAUGUCCAUUGAAGAUGAUGCUGCACCAACUCAGAGUGACUUCAUAGAAAACUGGGUGAAGAUAGGCGCACCAGCGAGGAACAAGAUCAAGGAAGAACAUCAAGACCUAAGCUACGACGAUCAAUGCAACAAGUGUGAGAAGGAAGCUGUGAAUGUGUCUCUUGGAAACUUGCUUUCGUACCCAUUUGUGAGAGCUGCAGUAGUGAAGAACACACUUGCACUAAGAGGAGCUCACUACAAUUUCGUCAAGGGAACAUUUGAUCUUUGGGAGCUUGAUUUCAAGACCACUCCUGCUUUUGCCUUCUCUUAA